AUAAAAACAGCUCAUAUUUACACACCAAAAACAUCAACUACAUCAACAAAUCACCUUCGCAACAAGCAAUCUUCAGCAACGAGGGCUCACGCUUCUUGUCAGCUUCAAAAUCGCUCAACUCCACUCUUCAUGCUCGCGUGUUCUACAACAAUGUUCAGGCGCAGGAUGUUCUCUUCCUUCUGUGUGUUGGGUCUGCUGCUUUUGCUCUGCCAGUUCUGUGAUGCAAGAAACAGUACGGGACAAGUUCAGAAGAGCGGCAAAGGAGUAAAUCAAACGAGCGACGUCGAUGGAUUGGAUCAACGGAGCCUUGACAGCAAGAUGCACGUGGAUCAGAACAAGGACGAUGGAAAGGAAGUUCAUCAGGAUGAAGAAAAGCCGCCGGAGAACAAAGAAGGGCAGGGAGGCGAAGGAGACAAUGGAAAUAAGGCAGGCGAAGGAGACAAUGGACAGAAUGCAGUCGAUGGAGGCACUGAACAGAAGGAAGGCGGGAAUGGCACAAACCAGGAGGGUGGAAGGUAAUAUUCUUAUAAGAUGCUUCGACGGUGACUCCUUUAACACGUUUUUUUCAGUCAUGUA